CAGCGCGGCCUGCGCACCGCUCGCCGCCUGGGUGCGCGCCAACCUGCACUACGCGGAGGCCCUCGCCCGCGUCACGCCCCUCCAGCUGCAGCAGGCCCACCUGCACAAAAAUCUACAGGAGGCGGAGGCGGAGCUGUCGGCGCUGUCGAGCGGGCUGAGCACGGUGGAGGAGCGCGUGUCGGCGCUCAAGGCGCAGCUGGGGCUACACAGCCGCGACGCCGCCGCACUCGAGCUAAAGCUCAGCGAAGCCAAGAAGACGCUGCACAACGCGCAAGACCUGCUGGACCAGUUGGCCAACGAGUACGACGCCUGGGAGCUUGAUCUACAAAAGAUAUCAAAAGAGAUAGUGGAUGUGAGCGUGCGCUCGCUGCUGGCCGCCGCUUACGUAGUCUAUCUGCCGGACUUGACGGAGCCGCAAGCCAGAGAAUAUAUAAGAAAAUGGAGUAAUUUAGUUGGGUUCGAAGACGUAUCGUUCUCUGUGAUCAAUUUCCUGGUAUCGACGGAGAAGCAGCUACGAUGGGAGGCAGAGGGCCUGCCGAUUGAUCAGUCUGCUUUGAAAAAUGCCGUUCUUAUAGACCAGGCACUGGAGGCCAAUAAAUGUGGGUUGACGCCUCUAGUGUUGGACCCCGAGGGCGAGGUGGAGGCGUGGCUGCGGAAUACGCUUGCAGACACGCCCUGCGAGUUCGUCGCCCACCACAGCGACAAACUGCCUACAGCAAUGCAAUACGCCAAUCGUUUGAACCGUAUCCUCGUGAUAACAGAAGUAGAUGUGUGGCAGACGCCGCGAGUGCCGGCGCGCCGUCCUUGGCUGCUGCUGAGUCGCGCCCACCUCCCGCCCCCCGCCCUGCCCGCCGCACUCUCCCCGCUGCGCUGUGCCGCCUCUCUACAUGCACUCACUGAUCAACUCGUCCAUUAUGCGCUACAACAACGAAACCCCGAAGUUAAUGAAAAAACUAAAGAGAUCAGAGUCAAGAAAGCGGCUUUACAAAAGCAACAGUAUGAAUUACAAGAAAACCUACUAAAAGAGCUAUCGAAGAACAGCGACAUUUUACACGAUGCCAGUCUCCUCGCGUCGCUGAACAAGACGCGCGCGACCGCGGCGACCAUCCGCGAGGCUCUGGAGGCGGCGCGUGCGCUGGAGGCGGAGUCUCGCGCCGCCCGCCUCACGUACGAGCCCGCAGCCGCGCGCGCAGCUCGCCUCGCACUCGCCGUCAAGCACCUCGCCGCACAACGACCUCUGCUCGCACUGCCUCAACAUACCAUACAGGAGGUGUUUGUUGAUGCGCUACACAAAACUGGAAAUGAGAACAAUAUUAAAACGGACGAUAUCAUGAAGUAUUUGACGCGACGUAUCGUGGAAAGAGUGUUGUUGAGUUUGCAUAAAAAAGACAAGUACAUUGUAGUUCUGCAUAUAUUGAAGCAAGUGUACGAAGAUCUGAUGCCGGAUGAUUUGUGGAAUGUGUUCAUUGGAAAUUUCAAUAUAUUGGAAGAUCAGAACACUGUUAAAGAGAUCAAAAAUAAAUACUCCUGGACACCCGAAGAUUGUGUUAAGAAGUUAGCUCAACUGAAGGUAAACAACGAAAAUCUGUUCAAUAAGAUGUGUCUCGACAAUGAGGCCGUGUGGGCUGAGUUCCUGCGGUCGGGCGAGCUGAGCGCCCUGCAGCGGCUGCAGCUGAGCGGGCUGGAGCGCGCGGCCGCCGUCAGCGUGCUGCGUCCCGACGCACUCUACAGGGCUAUUGUUGCCCUUGUUGAUGACAUCUUAGGUGUGGGUGUGAUGAGCCGCGGCGAUGUGGUGGGCGUAGCUGCGGGCUGGACGCGCGCGCGCCCCGCCCUGCUGCUGGCCGCGCACGCCACGGACGUGCUCGCCGCACACGCACACAAACUCAUACAGGUGGGUGUGGCGGAGGGUCCGGAGGCAUGGCGCGGCGCGCUGGCGGCGUGCGCGGCAGGUGGGUGGCUGGCGCUCGUCGUCGGCGCCUCCCCUUUCUCACGGGACUUGCAUCAUUUCUUGAUCGAGUACACUCAACGCCCGAUUGAAGAUGUCAGCAGCGAUUUUCGCCUGUGGGUGGUAGCCGAAGACCGUGAUAUACCAUCGUACAUAUCCUCCCUCUGCGUUACAGUUAUUCUAGAACCGCCGGAGGGCGUGAAGCACAACAUGCUGGGCACGCUGAGCGCGUGGGGCCCGUACACGGCGACGAGUGCGCUGGUGCGUCUGCACGCCUGCCUCGCGCUGCUGCACGCGCUGGCGCAGGAGCGACGCGCUUACAUACCGCACGGAUGGAGUCAGUGGUACGCGUGGGAGUGGGGCGAGGUGCAGGCGUGCGCGCUGGGGGCGCGUGCGGUGGAGGAGAGACGCGCGCUGCAGGUGUGCGGCGCGCUGUGCGGGGCGCUGUACGGCGCGCGCGUCACGCAGCCGGCGGACGUGCGCGUGCUGGCGGCGCUGCUGCGCGUCUGCCUGGCCGAGCGCGCGCUGGCGCAUCAAUGGUCCCCGCCCGCGGUGCACAACCCGCUGCCCUACACCAAGCACCUACAAGCGUAUAUCCCUGCGCUGGAGGCUUGGCCUAACUCCGACCCGCCACAGCUGCUGGGCCUGCCGGCCAACUGCCGCGUCGCCUGGGAGAACAGCGCCGCUAAUGAUAUCAUUAGUGGACUCAAAGAAUUCACGAGUACAAUGAACGUCAAAACCAAUAACAACGUGACACCGCUAAGGUCGCUGCUGGCGCUGUGGAAGAAGCUGAUGUCGGGCUGCCCGCUCCUCAGACCCGACUACCAGCCUGACAAGGAGGGGUCAGGGUGGUGGGGCUGCGUGUGUGGAGGCGAGGCGCGCGAGGCCGCGGCCGCCGUGCGCCGCGUGCACGUCGCUCUCGCUGCACACGCGCGCUCGCCAACACAUGCUCAAACGAACGCGCUGCUUACGGUGCCGGAGGAAUGGCAGCUGCAGUGGGCGGGGCCGACUGAGCCCGCCGCCUAUCUGCGCGAGCUGAGCGUCCGUGCGCGCGCCGCAUACCAACGUAUACAGGAGCACACCUCGGACUAUUUGCCAACAGAGAUAGACCUGCGAACGUUGAUGCGUCCUGAGUGCUUGCUGUGUGCUCUGCGCGCGCAUACGGCGGCCCGUCUCGCGCGCCCGCUGUAUCAAUUGACACUCACCGCGCACUGGGACUGCACUAAGAGUGAAAGCGACGAGAUCCCGUAUCUCGUUGUUAAGGGUCUGCGGCUGAGCGGGUGCGAGUGGCGCGGCGCGCUGUGUGCGGCGACUGCGCGCGCGCCCGCCCACUGCCCCGCCCCACCCCUACUGCUGCGCUACGUGCCCAGCUCUGAGAUGGGGACGGGGGCGGGGCCGCGGGGCAGCGUGGAGGUGCCGGUGUACAGCAGCGCGGCGCGCGACUCUCUACUGUGGCAGGUGCGCGCGCCGCUCGCCGCUGACUACGAAAGCGACGCCGCUGUGCUAAACGCAGUCGCACUCUUCAUCGCACCCCUCGAUUAGAUUUAUUUCACACGUUUUCCUUCGUUUGCGAACAUAUUAUCUUUAGGG